CUCCAUUUACGCAAAUUGCGUUACGGUAACUGGCGAGGCUUUUCAGCUGGUUAGCCAAACAUCCACAGAAAAAGAGAUGAGCAGGAAAACGAGACGAAGAAAAUGAGAACAAUUUAUUCCAAGGUGGAAAAAUAGCGGGAGGAAAAUAAUCUGUUUAGGUGGCGUAAACCUCGGCACACAGCACUCCUUACACCCAGGGGCCGAAGCUUCACCUGGGUGUUCUACUGGACCAAACCGUUGUGUGGCAGUGGACAAGCACAGAGGUCCAGCAUUUAUAGGAACACUAACCAACUAAGACCUAUGGCAAUUCAUCAAACGUAUUUAGUCAUACCCGAAUAUCAGAUGUAAACAUCUGAACUCCUUUUAGUUUUUAAUAAACUCAACACAUUGCUUCUGUCAAAGUCUGCGCUGGGGUUGGGUGUAUGGGCGUUGUGUUGACAGCAGGCUGUUGUCAUGGUGGGCUGGUAUGUCUGAGCCUGAAGCUAGCAUAGCUUCCCAGUUUUGUAUAGCAUGUUAGCAUAUGGCUAGCUAUGUUGACAGAUCAAGCCAUUACCCUCCCCUCCAUCACCAUUUCUGGCCCCUACAAGGGGGUAUAAACUAGCUGGAAGUGGUGCCCCCUUACCCCGUCAUCUUUUCAUCUCUUUCAUUUUGUCAUCUACCCAUCCACCCAACAAUCAUCAGUUUUUGCUUUUGCUCCAUCUUUCACUCUCAUCAGCCCUCAUCCCUUUUGUAUAGUAUUAAGCAGCUGAGCCUAACUAAGCGUUUGUCUUGUAUGAGAUCCACUUCUUUCCUUUGAAUUCAUCUCACAUCUUACCCAGUUCCACUUAAAUUGCUACAGCUCAGUUCCUGCCCUCAUUAAAGUCAAACCCCAGUUUAAUUCACAUUUUGGCACAGUGUACACCACCCUAACGUCUCACAGUCAAGCUGCUAGGCAGUUGUUUUGGUAGUUGUUUUGGUUGCAUGGAAUCGGCUUAACCGUGGAGAGGCCAGGCUACCACAAACUGAUGGACUUUGACAAGCGAGGAGUAGGGGGAGGUGGAGGAGGAGGAGGAGGUGGUGGUGGUGGAGGAGGAGGAGGAGGAGGUGGAGGGAAGGGAGAGACAGAGGAGGGGAAGAGGAUGUCUGGGAAGACGGGGAGUCGAUCGGGGCACGGUGGCCGGGGUGCCGGCUCCAACUCUGGCGUUCUAAUGGUCGGACCAAACUUUCGGGUCGGAAAGAAGAUCGGCUGUGGGAACUUUGGAGAGCUGCGACUUGGAAAGAACCUAUACACCAAUGAAUAUGUGGCUAUCAAACUGGAGCCUAUCAAGUCACGGGCGCCACAGCUCCACCUAGAAUAUCGCUUCUAUAAACAGCUUGGAAGUUCAGAGGGUGUACCCCAGGUGUUUUACUUUGGACCAUGUGGUAAAUACAAUGCUAUGGUUCUGGAGCUACUUGGACCCAGCUUAGAAGAUCUGUUUGACCUCUGUGACCGGACCUUCUCUCUAAAGACUGUACUCAUGAUAGCCAUACAACUGAUAACCCGCAUGGAGUUUGUCCACACCAGAAGCCUGAUCUAUCGAGAUGUGAAGCCUGAGAACUUUCUGGUGGGCCGACCUGGCUCCAAACGGCAACACACCAUCCACAUCAUAGACUUUGGCCUGGCGAAAGAAUACAUAGACCCAGAGACCAAGAAACACAUCCCAUACAGAGAACACAAGAGUCUGACUGGAACUGCUAGAUAUAUGAGCAUCAAUACACACCUGGGGAAAGAGCAAAGCAGGCGGGACGACCUGGAAGCUCUAGGACACAUGUUCAUGUACUUCCUGCGAGGCAGUCUACCUUGGCAGGGACUCAAGGCUGACACUCUGAAAGAACGUUAUCAGAAGAUUGGAGACACAAAGAGAGACACACCAAUUGAGGUCCUCUGUGAAAGCUUCCCUGAAGAGAUGGCCACCUACCUGCGGUAUGUGCGUCGGCUCGACUUCUUCGAGAAGCCAGACUACGACUAUCUGAGGAAACUCUUCACGGACCUCUUUGACAGAAAUGGAUACAUCUUUGACUACCAGUAUGACUGGACUGGAAAGCCACUGCCCACUCCUAUUGGUCCGGUGGCCAGCGAGACUCCACUUCAGACGAGCAACCGAGAGAAAGCACCGCAGACCAAAAAUCAGUCUCCAGAGGGGAAAGGCAGUGAGUCCCAGCCCACUCCAGUGACCAAUCGAGAGCUGCUGGGCUCCCAUCUCACUGCUGAUAGGCUGGGCGGGUCUGUCCAGGUGAUGAGUUCAACCAAUGGGGAGCUUAAUACAGACGAUCCCACUGCAGGGCACUCCAACGCACCAAUCACAGCCAAUGCAGAGGUGGAAGUGGCUGAUGAUACCAAGUGCUGCUGUUUCUUCAAGAGGAGGAAGAGGAAAGCUCUCCAGAGACACAAGUGAAAACGAGAGACAAGAGAGAAACCCUGGUCUCUUCUUCUUUUUCUCUCUCUCUCUGUCUCUAGCCUUCUUCAUACAGCCCCCUUCCACCCCCACCCCCACCCUCACCCUCUCAGUCCUCCUCAUCCUCUGCUGUUGGCGGUCUCCUGGUCUACCUUAGGUUGGCUGGACUGGCUGGACCACCGUGCAGCUGAGUGUGUUUGCUAAGCUGAUCUACUGGUUUCAACUGCUCUGGACUGAGACAGAGUAACACGUGUUUGCUGUUCCACCUCGGAGCUUUAAACGGUGACUGGCUGUACCAGCGGUAGAGUCUUCAUGUAUUAACGGUCACAAACUGAACUGAAACUGGAUCAACACAAACUGCUGUGGGAAACAAGUGAUGACAAACAAACAGUUGGCAGAUUGUCAGAGGCGAGCCGAUGGGCUGAUUAAGCUGGUUUACUGGCAGACUGGCUAGUUCUUUAUUAUUUUGUUUUUGUUUUUUUUUUCUUCCUUACUGACUGGUUCAGGGAAGAGAGAAGUGUAUUUCAGAGGAGAUAUACAGAAGAGAGGACUAAAAGAGGAUGGGAGGCAAUGAGACUGUCGGACCACACUUGCACACAAAACAGACACACACACACACACACACACACACACACACACGUACAAACACGCUGCACACUUUCUCGAGGUCAUCAUAAAGAGACUUCCUGGACACAAAGAUGCAGCUCUUGCACAUAGUCUAUAAAGUUUUUAUUCUCUAGGGUCGUAGGAAGUACACAGUGAGUGGCUUGGUCUAUUUCCCGCAACGGAUUGGCCUCAGUGUACUUCUCAGACACGUUCACUCUCAGAGGAAAACCUCACAACCACCAGAAUCAAAAGUUAAAAAGAUGUUUAUGUGAAAACUAUGCUUUUUUUCCCCCCUGUUUUAAUUUGUAACUAAAAAAAGACUGUCUACAAUUUGGAACCUGUGUUAUUUUUUCUGUCUUUUUGAGUUGUACAAAAGGUUUGUGUUUUGUAGCUUCGAUUGUGUUCCUCAAAAUGUUUUUUUUUUUAAUAACUUGUAUUUUAAAUUUUCUGUUAUGUUUUUUUUCCUCUUUCUCUCUGGGUUGGAGGAUGGAAAGGCGAAUAACUCCAUUAAAAAACAACCAAACAAAAUAAAAA